AUUUACAACAAGAGUCCAGUACGCCUUGAAUCCAACUGUCAACUUGACUGAGUGGAUCACUGGCCAGCUUCGAGAUCCGGGGGGAAGUGGGCCGCCCGACCCAGACUUGCCGUCUCACUCAGCUCCAACUACAUCAGCUACUUCCCCCCCGCCUUCAUCAUCAUCGGCUUAUUUCCUCCUUCCAUAAACAUCGCCGUUACUGUAGUUUAUAAUAAUGUCGACCGCGAAGUUCAGAGUCACCGAGCACAUCAUCCCCGCGUGUUAUGUUCGGGAGUAUGCGGGCAGUACCGUGGACCAAGAAGAUGUCCUGCAUCUCCACAUCAAGCAAUACACGCCUCGCCAUCUACCCGAUCCCGUCCCGGCUGAUGCUGUCACCAUCAUAGCAGUUCAUGCUGUGGGCUUCCCCAAGGAGCUUUACGAGCCACUCUGGGACGAGCUUCUCGCACGGUCCGCUCAUUCCAACUUUCACAUUCGCGGUAUCUGGAUAGCGGACGUUGCCAACAUGGGCAUGAGUGGAGUAAUCAACGAAGAUAAACUUAGCAUGGACUGCUCAUGGAUGGACCAUCCCCGCGACCUUCUCCUGAUGAUCAACCACUUCCGCGACCAGAUGCCCCGACCGCUAGUAGGGGUGGGCCACAGCUUUGGAGGUACCAUCAUUACGAAUCUGGCACUGAUGCACCCUCGUCUACUAACCUCAGUCAUCCUCUUCGACCCGGUAAUUCAACGAUUGCCGCCCAAGAUGGGCUUUGGCGCUGAUCCGCCCGGUCCUGUCAACUUUGCCUUGUGGCGUGAUGACGUCUGGCUAAAUAGGGCCGCUGCUGCUGCAGGCUACAAGAAAGUGUUCAAGAAAUGGGAUCCCCGUUGUCUCAAACUAAUGGUACAGUAUGGGUUCCGGGACCUGCCCACGGCCCUGCAUCCCGACCUGCCCGACAAUGUAGACGCUGCCGACCCGCCUGUCACGCUGACCACGACCAAGUAUCAUGAUGUGCUGGGCCAAAUCCGGGAACGCUUCCACGCUGGAAUGACAGAUGGCCAGGUUCAGUUGGAUCGCUCAACCCAUGCGGAUGUGGACCCCUCUGUGGCUGUUCUUCCGGUGUAUCGGCCCGAACCACCCAGUACAUUCCACAAGUUGCCAUCAUUACGACCGUCGGCCCUCUUCCUGCUUGGCGAAGUGAGUUAUUUGAAUCUCAAGGAUCUUCGGGAAGGAAUCAAGAGCUGUGGUCAAGGGGUUGGGGGCAGCGGGGGAAAAGACAAGGUCAAGGAAGUUACUCUACCCAAACAAGGCCACUUCUUCGCCUUUGAGGUGGUGGGAGAGACAGCCGGCCAUUGUGCCAGCUGGUUAGAUGAGGUUAUGCGCGGAUACCGCGACACUGAGCGGGAGUGGAAGGAAAAGAAACAGAAGAUGGCUAAACGCGAUCAUUUGGUGCUGAAUGAAGAAUGGCGCAGGGUGAUCAAGUCUCCCAGUUCAUUCCGCGCAGCCAAGUCACGGAAAAGCAAACUAUGAGAUCUUAGUAGUUGCCUCACUCUGACACCUGGCUUUCGACUAAAGUAAUAAUACCAUAGUGCUUUUUUCGGAAUUAUUCAAGGAGAAUCCAAACUUCAGCAGAUCCUGUG